AGAAAAACGAACAGAGGCGGAAAGUAAGCGGCUUGUCUGUUUCUGGGGUAGCUCUUCGUACGGAACUUCCGGCGGAAGAUGCUAGCAGGGGGCUAGCAGCGUUAGCUUCUAGGUUUCUUUCUGUUUAUUUUCGCUAAGAAGACGGUUUUCCUGUGUGAAAACCAGAGAGCGACUAAAUGCUGCUACCGGAGAAAUAUUCUACAGCAGGAAGAGAUCGAUAAAUGUUGAGACUGCAGGAUAAAAGCUGGGAAACCCAAAUCAUCAGGGAACCUCCAGAGUUGCUAUUAUUAGCAAGAUGUUCUUGCUAAUCAGACCAAAACAAAAUGUCUAAUCUGGACCAGAGGGGAACUGAAUCUCUAUAAACUGAAGGGACAGCAGAAAACCUGGAACAAAUGAGUAAAAGAGGAGGUGCUUGGAUCAGAACCUCUGCAGAUUGUAGAGGUAGAAGAUAAGAUAUGGAUAUCUUAGUUACAACAGGUUCUAGAUCUUUUGAAAACAAAGAACCAGUAGAACCAGAAUUGCAACAAAUGAAGGGAAAUGAUUGUCAAUCAGAAUCUCAGCAACUGGUAAAGAUUGAGGCUGAAGGCAUCAGUCCAGAUGACAACCAGGAUGUACUAAAGCAGGAGACUGAUAUCAUAAUGGUAACUGUUUCUGGAUCUCUUGAAAUCAAAGAAGAAUCGCUAAAAUUAGAAUUGGAACAAAAGAAGGAAGAUGAUUGUCUGUCAGAAUCUCAGCGAUUGGUAAAGAUUGAGGCUGAAGGCAUCAGUCAGGAUACAAGACAGAAUUUACCAAAGAAUGAGUUUGAUUCCAUAAUACUAAAUGUUUCUGGAUCGCUUGAAAUCAAAGGACCAGUGGAAAUGGAAUUGCAUCUAAUGAAAGAAGACGACUGUCAAUUGGGAUCUCAACAGAUGGUAAAGGCUGAGGCUGAAGGCAUCAGUCAGGAUGACAACCAGGAGGUAUUUAAGCAGGAGAUUAGUACCAUAAUGGUAGCCGAUUCUGGAUCUCUUCAGCUCAAAGGGGAACCAGGAGAACAAGAUCCUGAACAUUUGAAGGAAGAGGGCAAAGGAUCAGGACCUCAGCAGAUGGGAAAGAAAGAGGCUGAUAACAUUGCCCAGGAAGUAGUGAAGCAGGAGAAUGAUACCUUAACCCUAACAGCUUCUGGAGAUGAAUCAGAGUACCAACAACCUGAACUGAAUGGGAAAAAAAUCCUGCAUCAGAGCGUUGCUAAAACACAGCACCAUCAGGAUAUAAAAGCUGAGAAAGUUUCAGGUUCCAGCAGAAAUGAACAGCAACAGAAGAGAGCUCAGAAAAGCAGAGGUCAAUGUGAUGAUGAAGAUAAAUUGAUAAAGGACAAGAAGAUUGACCAAGUAAAUAAAUGCCAAAAAUGUAGUAUUUGUGGUAGAAAUUUUAACCGCAAAGAGCAUUUAAUGGUUCACAUGCGAACUCACACAGGUGAGAAGCCUUUCUCAUGUAUAACCUGUAAGAGGAGCUUUAAUCGCAAAAAUAGUUUGAAUAUCCAUAUUAGAACUCACACAGGUGAGAAGCCUUUCUUGUGUCUAACAUGUGGGAGAAGUUUUACUUCCAAAAGUAGUUUGAAUGGCCAUGUAAGAUCUCAAACAGGUGAGGAGCCAUUCUCAUGUAAAUUCUGUGGAAAAGAUUUUUGCCUAAAACGUAGUUUGAGUAGGCAUAUGAAAAGUCAUACAGUUGCCAAAAACCUUUCUUGUGAGGAGCAAAAGUUUAAUUCUCAAGACCAAACUCCACCUGGAGAUGCUCUAACUCAAACAGAUUUCAUUUGUGAAAGCUGUGGAAAAGUCUUUAUUUGUAAAACUACAUUGACAUGCCACAUGAAGAUUCAUACAGGAGAAAAACCUUUCCCUUGUGUUACAUGUGGAGAAUCUUUUCAGGAAAGCUGCCUAUUGACUAGCCACACUAGGACGCACAAAGGAAAGAAACCCUUCUUUUGCAUUAUAUGUAGAAAAUCUUUCACUAGAAUAACUCAUUUGAACAUCCACAUGAGAAUUCACACAGGUGAGAAGCCCUUUCCAUGUGGAAAGAGUUUUUCUGCACAAAGUAAUUUGAAAAGACACACAAGAUCUCACACAGGAGAGAGGCCUUUCUCAUGUUUGACCUGUGGAAAGAAUUUCAGUCAAAGACAUAACUUAUCUGCUCAUGUGAGAGCUCAUUCAGGAGAGAAGCCUUUCUCAUGUAUAACCUGUGGAAAAUCUUUCAGUAGGAAAAAUAGUUUGUGUCUCCACAAAAAAAUUCACACAAGUGAGAAGCCUUUCUCAUGUAUAAUAUGCAGAAAAUUUUUAUGUAGUUCUAAUGGUUUGAAAAUUCACAUGAGAACUCACACAGUUGAAAAGCCUUUUUCAUGUAUGACCUGUGGAAAAGGUUUUAAAUGGAAAAGUAGAUUGUAUAUUCACAUGAGAAGUCAUACUGGUGAGAAUCCGUUCACAUGUAUAACUUGUAGAAAAGAUUUCACUAAAAAAUAUAGUUUGUAUAUUCACAUGAGAAUUCACACAGGUGAGAAACCUUUCUUAUGUAUAACUUGUGGAAAAUCUUUCAGUAGAAGAAAUAGUUUGAGUAGGCACAUGAGAACUCACACAGUUGAGAAGCCUUUUUCAUGUAUUGACUGUGGAAAAGGUUUCAAAUGGAGAAGUGGUUUGAGUUACCACAUGAGAACACAUGCAGGUGAAAAGCCUUUCAUGUGUAUAACCUGUGGAAAAGGCUUCACUGAAAAAUAUAAUUUUGAUAGCCACAUGAAAAGUCACACAGGUGACAGCCCUUUCUCAUGUCUAACCUGUGGGAAUACGUUUAGUAGAAAACAUACUUUGAAAAGGCACAUGAGAACUCAUGUGAAAGUGCCUGUGUAAUCUUUAAUUUCCCUUCUGUGACUUAAGGUAAACAUUUUACCCAAAUAGGUAGUUUAAAAUAUCCUACUGAGUAGAAGUGGAGAAACCUGUCUAAAGAGAAGAUAUGAGUGGAGAAAUUUAAAAGUGGGGCUGUUAUCGGGUCUAAUAGGGAGAUUGUCACUGUUAGUUGUAAAAUCUUUAAACCAACUUUUCAUGCUGACUAAUUUUUAUAAUCAUCUCAAAUUGGACCCUUGUCUUUUUGGGAGAUGUCUGAGAACAGCUGACUUGUCAAGUUAAGCCAAACAUGUUGGGAUGUUUGUCUAAAAGGUAAAAGGAAAGUUAAAACUGCUGUUAAGUUAUUUUAUCUUUUCUUUGUUUUUCAACUUUUGAAAAAGUUUCUAAAUCAGACGUAGCACCCUGGUGUGUUUUGUUUUAAAAUAUUUAAUACUAAUGUUUAAUCUUAAUGUUUUUAUUUUUGUGUGGAUGUGUAGCUUAAGAAUAUAAACAAUUGGAGAAUGGAAAAUAAAGUUUUUAUUUUGUUCUUUUCAGCAGGUUGAUAGUUUCUCUCAGGAGUGUUCAGGAAGCAUUAAUGACUAAUUAUGGGAUGGUUUCUGAAUGAUGAACUGUAACAAAUUAUCACAAUAAAUACUUUUGCUUUGUUUUUCCACAGAUUGUAUUGAAAUGAUGCAUUGUGUGAAAUAAUAAAAAGACGCAUUUAAUUAUCCUUAAA